UACAAUACGUACUUCCGAACCACCGGGCAGCCAUUAUCGCCAGCACAACUGCCGCCAUGGCGACGCCGGCGGAUGCGACGCCGUCGCGCGCACCCCAGCGCCGCUUCAAGGGGUGCAGUAAAAUCGGCGAGUACGAGAUGAUGCAGAAGCUGGGCGAGGGCACUUUUGGUGAAGUCCACAAGGCGCGUCAGCGCUCGACCGGCAGCGUCUUUGCGCUCAAGAAGAUUUUGAUGCACAACGAAAAGGACGGCUUUCCGAUUACGGCGCUGCGGGAAAUCAAGCUCCUCAAGAUGCUGUCGCAUCAAAACGUGCUCAAGUUGGAGGAGAUGGCGGUAGAGCGUCCCAAGACCGAGGGCAGGAAACGCGCAAUACUGUACAUGGUUACGCCCUACAUGGACCACGAUCUAUCGGGUCUGCUUGACAACCCCGAGGUCAAGUUCCAAGAAUCGCAGAUCAAGUGUUACAUGCUCCAACUCUUCAAAGGCCUAGCAUAUCUCCACGAUAACCACAUAUUACACCGAGACAUGAAGGCAGCUAACCUGCUCAUUAACAACCGCGGACGCUUACAGAUAGCCGACUUUGGUCUCGCGAGACACUACGACGAGCCCGUACCCCAGCGCGGCAGGGGCAACGGCGAGGCGAAACGCGAAUACACUUCACUCGUCGUCACUAGGUGGUACCGGCCGCCCGAGUUGCUCCUGCAGCUCCGAAAAUACACUCCGGCCAUUGACAUGUGGGGCGCGGGCUGUGUGUUUGGUGAAAUGUUCAAGCGGAAGCCCAUCCUCACAGGCCAGAGCGACAUACAUCAGGCGCAGAUCAUUUUCGAGCUGGUCGGCUCUCCCACCGACGUGAGCAUGCCGGGCUGGAACGAGCUGCCAGGAGCUGAGCCAGUUCGCAACUUCGCACCAAGCACGGGCAAUAUUGCACAAAGAUUCCGCGAACUGAGUCCGGUUGGACUGUCGCUAAUCAAGGAUCUCAUGAGGCUUGACUGGCGGAAACGUAUCAAUGCCCUUGAUGCUAUCGACCACCCCUAUUUCCGGGAGAACCCGCUGCCCAUGCGCGAAGAAGACAUUCCACAUUUUGCCGACUCGCACGAAUUGGAUCGGCGAAACGCGCGCGGCCAGAGACAAGCGCUUCCUCCAGCGCCACAAGGCGGCACGGUUGGCGGAGGUCCAAAUGGCGAAUGGACAGGCCAAGGCCCGCCACCACAGUCAUGGCAGAAUGGCGACCGAAGAUAUGGCGGCCCGCAAGACCGAGGUCCACCCGGUGUGGACCGCAGAGGUGGCGGCUACGACCGGCGUCCAUACGAACACCGACCGCCUCCGCCUCCACCACCAGGCGAGCGACGGCCAAACUGGGGCGGCGGCGGCGGAGGAGGAGGACACAAUGGGCUCCCUGCUCCACCCGCAGACGGCCGACACCCUCUCCCACCUGUUCCACGCUAUGGCCCUGACGGUGCCGACCGCCGCAGAGGACCAGUCCCUCCAGGCGACACCUACAUCCCCAGUUACGGAGCUGAAGGGCCCCGCCGCUCCCGGGAACCAGACGACCGUCCGCGCCGAGGCUCCCGCGACUCUGGAAAUUCACGUGAAGGCUACACUGAUGACCGCGCCGAUCGCAACCGGGCUUACCGCGACCGCAACAACAACCGAAAUUUUGCUCAAGAGAGACGAGACGGGCGCACACGGUCGAGAAGUCCCGAACGGAGAGACAAUCGAGGCAGGGACGCAGGCAGGGAGAGAGACGCAACUGAUAUUUAUAGGAGAAGAUAGCCAUGUCUCUCAUUCUUGUGGGAACAGAUAACAGUCUUGGAUCUCGAGCUCUUAGCGCAAGUAGACAGUUGAUAUGUGAAAAGGGAGUGAAUGGAAGAGAUUGCGAACAGCUCGACGGAGGGGGAAUUGUUUUGUAUUUUUAUAUGGCCGAACCAAGGGAGGGAGGGCCACAUUGCUGCGCGUCUGAUAACACAAGGACGACUUACACACACACACACACAAGCAUGACUGAUAGGAAGAGGAUGAAGUGGUCAUGGUGGAGAGAUUCUGGUCAAACGUACGGCAUUAUCCUUUCAACACAUCCAUCCAUCCAUCCAUUCAUCCAUACACACAUUUUUCUUGCAAUCGUUCAUCUGGGCCGCAUAU